ACGACGACGUAGAUACAUUGUUAUUGUUUGCUCCUUAAUGAAUAAAGCCGUUUUCAUGGCCAAAAGAGCUUAGAACCAAAAAAAUGCACAUGCUAGAGCGCGAACGCGAAGCGGCCUUUCGUAGCCGCUAAAACCAGUUGCUACGAAGCAUAGAGCUCAUGAUUGCGAAUGCUUGAGACAGGCGGCCACGUCGUCGCACCAUGACGAUGACAACAACCUAAAGUUGUACACCUAAAGACAUUGACAUGAUGCGUCUUACGACAUUCGUCCCCAAUAUAUUUUAGCGACACUUUUAUCGAAAUAGUAAUACUUCAUCUUCCACAACUUCUACACCAAACAUUGCCGCGACAAGAGCCUCAUUCAACGCCAACAAUACCAAGAGGGCUGACGAAUGAAGGUCCUUCCCCAAGCACAAGCUCCUACUACAAGCAUGAACAAGUAGGUCACCCAAUCUGGCAGCAUGCAGAAGGUCUCUCAACCUGGAAGCAUGAAGGUCUCUCAACCUGGCAGCACCAGGAACCUAGAUUCGAUGAAACUAGCGGCAGAGGUAGAGGCCAGCCUCUGUAAGUUUUGCUGGGAUGAAGACACAAAACCUCAGGAGCUCUCCGACUCCUACGAAUGUACUGAACUUCUCGGAGCAGGGGCAUUCGCUGUAGUACUCAAAUUAAGACUACCGGACCCGGGUUGGCAUAUUUAGUCUUCCCCGUUGGCAUAUUUAGUCCUUGGACUAAGAAAGUAUAGUUAUCUAGUUAAAUGCAAAUUAAAUCAAAUGCUCCGACGUCCUCUAAUCAAUGUUGUUGACAAAGAAACCUCUACCGCAUACGCUUUGAAAGUGCUGCAGAAUGAGGAGUAUCCGAAACGGGGAAUGCUCCAAUUGUUAGUUAAGCCUCAAGAUUGUGUCUCUAGUUGUAACCUAUCCUCUUCGCUGCACUCCGAGUCCGAAUAGAUGAACUAGCGAACGCUGCCUCUGCGAAGUAAUAUGCUGAGAAGCACGAAGAUAAAGAUGAAUGACAAUGAACAAAUCAACAACAAUGUUGACAAUGAUCAUCAGGGAGUACCAAUUAUUAUAUGUGAGCAACUAGAACCACAAGAACCUGAACGGCCUCGCCCUCUAACCCGUAAGACGAAGUCAAAGCGAUGGAGUAUUUUGGUUCAGAAGGUGAUGCACACCACGAAAACAUCAUAGACGCCACGCAUAUCUGGGCCAAUUUGGACGAUGCGCAUACCUUUAUCCUCAUGCCUUUGGUGGAAACUACGCUGAUUUAUGGAGGACCACGUUCUUGUAGUUAGGUUCUAGUUAGAGGGUGUUUGAGUACGAUGAAGAACGGUCGUUUUUUAGGUUUGGUUAAAUAUUUUCCUUCCAUUCAUCUUUCAGUUUCUACUUCUCGACUAGUGAUGUCAUGUAGUUAUCGUAAAAGAGCGAAAAAGUGGUGAAACGUAUGACAUAUGUAAUCAAAUGUUCUACCUAAAGUUUGGCUUUCUAUGUCACCUGGAUCUGGAUCACUUCUCAUUUUCUAAUCUCAGCACAUUCAAAAAGGAUCCUCUAACCUUGGCACAUUCAAAAGGGUUGCAGGACACACCGGAUUGGAGAGGGAUAUGCCAAAAACUGGAUCUCUCAAGUUGUUAGAGGUAUAAUGCUUUUCGUUUUCAGUGACUACAAUCUGUGACUAUCUCAACUCGUAGGGGCAUGAUUCAAGGUGUGUGUCAACUUGCACUGUCAUUAACAGUUAUGAGUACUCGACAAGGUGUCGUCCACGUCCAAUAAUAUAAAGGUGUCGUCCACUUACAUCACCAUUCUUGGGCACAUCGGGACCUGAAGCCGGAUAAUCUGUUGUACGAACCAAACUUAUGGCAUUUUGAUGUUGAAUUGAAUGGUUCCGGUAUCUGGUAACCUGAAUUUGAUCGUAAGGGAAAACAAGAAGAGAACCCUUAGGAUCAAACUCAGGUUACCAAAUACCAGAGCCAUACAUGAAUCCGCAUUUUUAUUUCUCCGCAUUUUUAUUUCGACUCUCUGUCGCUCUCGCUCCCUUAGAAGUAGAACAACGCCGCAUGAAUAAAGGCCAUCGAGAGGUCGGAGGAGACCCAGCACAUGAAUAAAGAGGCCGACUCUAACUAAAACAAAUUGCGUCAAAAUAUGCGAUUUUGGAUGGGCUACUGAAAUUCUGAACAAAGAGACCGGAGACGUAGGAGCCAACGGAAUGUGCGGAACGCCUUUGUUUAAUUAUGCGAGUUGGAAUAGGUAUAGGAGGAUAAGAAAAACGUUCUCAGUUGUUGUACAUAUCGCUAUCGCGAUUAAGUACAUCAGCACUCCACGCAGGGCAACACAACUUCAAUAAGGUGACUCUUCAAACUGUAGCGUUAGUAGAUGAAGCUUGACGUUGACACCAAUGGAAAAAUUCAACACAGUACAGGCAGGAACACAGUACAGGCGCUCCAUGAUAGAUGCAGGUCACACUGUGGACGGCGAGUCACUUCUUCCUAUCUUGUCCUAUCUUAAAUAUUAAGAUAUUGGAUGGAAAAACUCAACACAGUACACGUACAGGCAGGAACAUCUUAAGAUACCCCUCUCCCAGCUCUAACCCCUUGCGCCAGAAGUCGGCGAUUUAGAGCGUUUUCCGAGGUUGACGUCGAAGGUGGACGUCUGGGCGAUUGGAGUCGUCUUUUUCACGUUGCUCCAAAACGACGUCUACAGAAUCGGCGACGUGCGACAUGAACAAGCUUUGUUAUGAAGGACAGAUGAUACUAGGCCAAGGCCAACAUCAUGUUUGAAGACAGGAACAACAACAUAGGAAUUACAGAUCGUACUUACAUAGGUCAAACAGGACGUCCUUCAAAGUUUGACAGGAAUUACAUAUACAUUCAUAGAUAUCUUCAAGCUUUGAUGUUGUGAGGGUCUUGAGCAAUAUUUAUAGGCUCCAGCAUCUCUAAUGUCCUCGUUUCUGCCUGGCAUAUCAGAAGGCGCGAAGAGUUUGAUAAAACUUUGUGUGCUACGCGAACCUCAUAAGCGUCCGACAGCUGUACAACUGCUACUCCGACCAUACUUGUCGGCGACUGGGAUGCAAGUUAAGAGUGGCUUUGAGCUGAAAGAAUCAAGAAUGUUGGCCUUGUAAGACAACAUUAACACCAUAAUUCCCUUUCACAUUUACUGAAGACCAUGGCAGACUCGGUGUACUAUUAGGCUUCAACAGUUUAGGUGACUGUCUAUCUUUAUCUAAGCAGGCUGCUGCCGCUACAGCAGGUGCAGCAAAAAGUGCAACGUCCUCUGCAUCAUUGCGUACUGCAGAGCUUGUCAAUCUUCGAGGCACCAUAGGCGCCUUUGCUUCUAGAGCAAGACUGCCCCAGAGCACAGGAGGUGGUCAACAUUAUGGUAAAAAAUCUCUCACGGUCCGCUUCAAUAAAGUUCACCGCUCUGUCUAUUUGAUAGCUUUUUACUCGUCUAUUUACUCCUACUAAGGCUAAAGCACGACAAGACCCGCUGCACACGACAUUAAGGCUGGAGACGUGUCCUCCUCGAUGGACAGCACAAGCAACAGUAGAACCAACUACAGUGCAGGAAGCGGAAAUGCAGACCCGAACUCUUCUUUGAAUACCACUUGGCAUGGCGGUCUCAGUCUGGGUUUUGUUGGGCAACAGGUUUCCGCUCGUGGGUCUUUACACCGUGCCUCGCUUGUGGCCGCACCGAAACCAGCAGGAAGAAAUUCGCGACCGAGAAAUAGUUUUGGUAAAAAUAGUGUGUAUGAAUACAACUGAUACUCUAAGCGAACAAGUGAAGGCGCCCUAUCCUAUCCUAAGUAGAGUAGUCGUAGUAGCUUUUUUUAUCUAGUGAAUUCGUUGCAAGUCGUUAGACGCAAUUAUCCGCAAAUUAAUUAUGCGAAUACUUACACUUUUUUAUGAGUUGUACACCUUUUCACCUUUCACACCAGGUGGUCUCCAGUUUAUCCCCAAUGGCAGACCUUCUGGGCCAUCAGCAAAUCCUAAUCCGGCAAGUAAACUAAACGACUUCGGUGCAAAGGGAUCCAAUCCUCUUGCUUGCCGACAGUCAUUGCAGGGUAGCAUGCAGCGAGGUGGCCCUCUUCUGCAUAGUACUGCGAGGAACGACAUAACAAGCAAGAAAAUGUCACCAGAAGAAGAGGAGCGCUUGACUGCUACCGCACCUAUGCGAAAUCGGACGUUGUCGAGUGGCGGCAUCCGCACAAUAUUGACAACAAGGCCUGCGACAAGCGGGAAUCGAAGUCCUGUGUUUCAAACUUCUUCAACAUUAAGGCUUCCCCUAAUCCAUCCUCAGAAGCAUCUCGAAGCUGUUCCCUGAGGGGAAAAGAGGCCCGAGAGGGAUUUCAGCAUGGACUAGGGUGAGCUCUAACAACAUCGACGAGGAUGAUAAAUGCUACAAAUGGAGGUAUAGGUAAUGGAGGUAGUCGUGUUGCUACAACUGCCAGUAUUAAUGGAGGUAGUGUAUGUUCCUCGUCUUCUACUUCGAUAAAGCCAUCGUACUCCACGGGAUCCUCCAACAGAGCAGAUGUUGGCGAACAACGGCUAGGAGGUUUUGCACAGCGCUCGACCUCUGUUGAUCUUGAAGAGUGCGGUGUUGGUUUAGGAGGUCUAAGCGGUCUACAAACACUACAGAGCGGUCAACAUGUAAGCCUCCUAGACCAAGAUCACAGGACUCGACACGACGAUCAGGAAGGACGCUUGGCAAGCCAACAAAAUAGAGGCGAAGGCGAAGGAGAACCAUCUGUAGAUGUCGUGGACAAUACUCACUUAAGACUUCUACUACAUGUGUCAUCUGUUAGUUUUCUUCAUCUGGUGUUAGUUGUCACGAAUAAAGAAUACCUAAUUAUAUAUGAUAACUUGUUCUUGAUUUGCUCAUUCGCUAUCUUCUUUCCAGCUCGGUAUGGCUAGUAUCCGGUGUUUCAGAACGUCUUUGUUGCUCCCUCUUGCUCAGACAGGCCUUGUGGACUCCUCUAUAAUCUCCCCCGCAGCACCAGCAGCACCUUUCUUCUUCUCGCAGCGUGCCAGCUUUUGCGCCUAUUCGAGCUUCCCUCCCCUCACUACGCAUCGCAGGCCCUCUUUCAUCAGGAGGGUCUGGCACUUUUUCCUCAGGAGGCUCCUCAUCCUCUACUUCCUCUUCUACGUCUUCUACAUCUGUAAGUUCUAGUAGUUUUUCCACAAAAGCAAGAUCACCUAUUGGUGAUGGUUCGGCGUCAUUUUCAAGCAAAGUUCUCGUGAAAAAAAGCGCACCGAAGAAACAACGUACUACCGCGUUUUCCUUUACAGCCGCGUUUUGCUUUUGUAGUGGGCAUUCAUUUUUUUUACAGGAGGAAUCAUCUAUCCACAUCGAUCUGUAGUUUUUUCGGGACCUAAUAUUCUUUUUCACAUUUUUUCCCUUGGCAUCCUGUCCACGCCCACUGAAAGAACUAGCACAUUGAAUCACAGCACUCAGGCGACUGUGAUUUUCUCAAGAACAUCCUUUCACCAGGUACUACAAGUACAGCUGCAACAACGGCCGCUAGCUCAUUCUCAGGAGGUUGGGGUCGAACUUUCGGAGGUUCUGGCAGAACUAGGCUCGGAGACAUAUCCGAAGAAAAUUCAGAAGAAGAUAUUCCUUCUAUUGCAGAGAAAAGUAGAUGUGCGAAAGCAGGGACGCCUACAAGAAGAAUUGAUGAGAAUACUAGAAGUAGAAUAUUAAACACCGGUGGCACGACUUCACCUAAAAGUUUAUCGACGCGCGAUGAUGAAUCACGGAGCUUGAAUUUAAAGACGGACAUGCAUAACAUAGAUCGGCCUCAUCCUCCUCCCUCAUCCACUACUCCUUCGUCUACUACACCCACGGCCUCGCCUACCACUUCUACUUCAUUGUCGUCUGGCGGUGGAAUGAUCAUGAGGAGUAGUCCUAAGACGACCGAAGGUGCCUGCUCUCCUCCGAAAACGUCUCCGAGUAAACCAAACCCCUUCCUGUUCAAGGCCACAGGAGAUCUCGAACUUGUAGCUUUUAACAAAAGUAGUAGUGCUGGCACAUCAACAGCUGUAGUUCAGUCUACUUCUAUUAAUGAUGCUAAGACAACUUCUAGUUCCCGGAAAACCUCCCCACUGGAUAACCUCCACACUGCUGCUGCAGCACCUGUGGGAAGUUCGUACGUUGCUUCUUCGAUACCAAGAGCUUCCCCCUCAAGGGGUGCAACUCCAGUUGACAAGGCAGAAGGGGGUUCAUCUUCUAGUUCUAGCACGACUUCGUCCGGUGAUCUGGACAAGGCAGAAGGGGCUUCAGCUUCUAGUUCUAGCACGACUUCGUCCGGAAGUCAUACUAACAUUUCGAAGAUGGAACAAAUCGAAAUCGAUCUAACGCAGGAGGCGAGCAUAAAGAUUAGCAAGACAUCAACUCCGAACGACGACGAUGAAGUACUGAUGCUAGAAGUGGACAAAGAUGACCUAGUUCAUGUACAUGUAGAUCAUGUACAUGACGUGAAGAAUCUUGAAGACCUUGAGAUGGACGAUAUUCCCAGUGCAUUGGAAGAAGGCUUCUCGCCUGUAGUACGAGCACUCGAUAGAAGGACCGUGGAGCAGCAGAAGAAGGAGUUGUCCCCUCAACAGCACCCAAGAGGUCGAGUUAGCGUGUCCGCUUUCGAACAAGAGCAAGGAGCUUUUGGUGGAGAGCUGCAGGGACAAGAGGUAGAGGUGAACAAGCAGAAUUACACAACAGAUGAGAAUACCAAUACAUCAGAAGACACGCGACCACAGGACCUAAUGGAAGACGUUGUUGUCGUUGAUGAAGACUUCGUGCUCCAUCAAGUAGAUGAAGUUCAAGGCGAUGACCAGGAUCAAGUUCAAGGAGCAGUAGAGAUACAAGAAGUAGAUGAAGAUCUUGACGCAGUGGAGAUACAGAAAGUUCUUCCCGCUCGUCCCCGUCUGCCAUCAUUCUCUUCUUCAGCCAGGAGGAGUCCACAAGAAUCCCGCUUUGUUGCUCCUUUUCCUAUUGUCGACCUCAAACUCAACAUGAUCCAUGAUGAUGGUAGCCAAAGUAAUAGGAUUCGGAAUAGCAAUAUUAGCAAUAACUUCGAAAGAACUUCUCAAGACAUGAUUACCAAUAUCAACGCCAGCAGUCACUCAACAAACAUUUCGCCUCGCAGACCAUCACCUUCUCCGUUAUUCCACCAUCAACCGGCGUCUGCUUCGCACCAGUUACAUCUUCAACACAAAGCAGCUGCUCCCAGCGGUAGAGCGGAGCGAAAUGGCUCACUACUGCAACGCCUAAACCGACGGACGGCAAACGGGUUGGCAACGAGCAUGGACUUCGGAAACUUCGGGAUAGGUUCACGGCCCCCACCAAGAGUAGUGCAGAAUCUGCCAGUUAUUUUGGAGGGUUUUCCUUAGCGUGUAGUCACUAGUAUCAAUGAUGCAGAUGUACUUAAAUGUUAUUUGUGAUUGUCUUGAUAAUGAUUGUUACGUUUACGAUUACGUGACCCCUAGGGAUGAAAACCAUGCUUGCACUCCUCUGCUGUGCAGCAUGUUCUGAGUUCUAGGCUCAGAAACGUUAUGUUUGUUUGAAAAGAUAUCAAGUUCUUUGGUACUCCUAGGCCCACCUCAUCAUUCUGGUCUUCCUUUCAAAUUUCAUACCUACUCUAAACCCUCGUCGUUGCAGAUGAAGAGUGUUGUCUCUCCACCUGGUGAGGCAAGUCAGCAAGUAGGCAAAUCAGCAGGUUCACCUGGUGUCCCGCCAGGUACUCCGGGUCUGCUUUGCUCACCGACGAACUGCAUUAUGCCUAUGCCUCAAUCGUCUCUAGUAGGGGACCGAAACCGAAAUAGGGCACAUCAUCAGCUGAAGAUGAUGAACUUUGGUACUUCAUCCCAAGGAGGUGCGUCUACAUCUACUGCAUCUGCUUCUAGUACUUCCUCAUCCUCUCCAACAGGACCUCCGCUUCUUGCAUCUUCAGCGUCUGCAUCUGGCUACGCAUCAGCCUCUUCUCCUUUAGCGAUGAAUCAAAGUUCUGGUACGGGGAUGCCAUCCGUGAAAAUGGGUGUCAGAAUAUUUGAACAAAUGCGAAAAUCUUCUCCAACGACAUCUACUUCGGCCUCAGCGGUAGGCACUCCUUUGGCCCCAGGUGCAGCUGGUGGGAGCGGUGGCAAUUCCUUGCAACUGAGGAGACCUCCAAGUGCUGCUGCGGCAAUAGGGGGAAUGGGAGUUGUGCAAUCAACAUCUGCGCAACAAGCUGCUUCAAACACAAACGAUCAAAUAGGAGAAAAUAAUCAGCAUGUGGUCCGCCACCCAACAAAACAGCCUUCCCCUCUAUCAUCUGGUAGAAUCGCUUCAUCUUCGUCAUCGCCUUCACCUUCAGCGGCUUCUUAUAUAAUGAACAACUUUAAUACUGGCGGACCAACUGGAGCUACAUCGUCCUCGAGAACACUUAGUAGUUCUACACAAAUAAGUGCUAGUAAUGACAUGACCAAUCGUCCGCGUACUAUGAUGAAUAACAACCGCCAACGUGGUGGAGGGGGCCUGAUACUUGGAAAGUUGAACAUGUUACAAAUUAACCAACCAGUUAACCAGAACCACGUCAACAACUCUACUACGAUAGCUAGUGGUGCUGGUCAACAAAAUGCGCAACCACAACAGACAUUACUGAGCAAUGUCGGGACACAGAAGUUUGGGACACGGUACUAGAGGUUUUAUUGAUAUUCAUCUCUUCUUGUAUGUUACCGUUUUUCAAGAAACUGAUAUGUUGAUACUGACUCGUAUGAAUAUAUAAAUAUGUCCCGUAGUGAUAGUGUUCGAUCUACUUCGUUUGCUAAAAAAAUGUCUAUUCUACUAGUGCUAGUACUGAGACAUUAAUUUUUGAGUCUCCUUAGCAGUUUUUCAUCUUUGUACCUCGUUUUCCCUUCCAGUCCCGUCGUCAAUUUUCCGAGACGAACAGUAGCCCAAAACUUGCGACGACAAUCAACUCCUGGCCUUUUUCGGCAUGAGCAGUAA